CGCGGGAAUGAAGAAAUGAAUAUUUGCAGAAAAUACGCACAGAAUAAAAUGUCUUUCCGUCGUCGUCCUGAAGAUCUCGAGAAGAUGACGUCACUAAGAGUGGGAAACCUUCCCUUCAAAGCCAGCAUGGAGGACCUGAGACCUCUAUUCGACAAAUACGGGGAUGUUGGGGAUGUAUUCCUGCCGACUGAGAGAGAGACUGGUAGAUCCAGAGGGUUUGCAUUCGUCAGAUAUUACGAGAAGAGAGAUGCUGAGGACGCAAUGGAAGCGUUGAACGGACGGACAUACGACGGUCGAGAUCUGAGGAUCAGCAUCGACACUGGGAGGCCGGCAGGGUCGGACCGAGGCAGGGGAGGAGGACGAGGUGGAGGUGGUCGGGAUGGAUACAGAGGCGGGGAUAGAAACGGUGGGGGAUACAGGGGCGGAAACAGAGACGGUGGUGAUCGUAGACGUCGUUCUAGAAGUAGGUCCGGCGGCAGGAGGUCAAGGAGCAGAUCCGGAGGUCGUCGGGACGAUAGAAACGGAGGUCGCGAAGACAGGAAUGGUGGACGGGAGGAUAGGAACGGAGGACGGGAGGAGAGAGGAGGCGGUAGAAGGGAUCGUUCCCGUUCCCGCAGCAAGUCUGGGGGAGGAAGAGGAGGAAAGCGCGAUUCUCCCUCAAAAUCCCGCAGCCGGUCCUAAUUUGAACAAACAAACUUUGAAUCUGAAGAAUCAUCACUCGAUCAGCAUUUACGUAUUGUAUCAUUUCAAAAACUUAUGAGCAAAUAUAUUUGUUUUCUGAAUAAAUCAUUUUUUAUUGAA